AUGAUAAGGGAGGAUAUCAUCAGGGUGAAGACCUGCGUGCUGAAGGUGGGCAUCCACUGUGAUGGCUGCCAGAAGAAGGUUAGAAAGGUCCUCCACAAGAUUGAAGGUGUGUACCAAAUCAGCAUAGAUAAGCUGGAGGGGAAGGUGACGGUGACUGGUCAGAUGGAUCUGGACACUGUCUUCGAGAAGCUGAGAAAGGCGGGCAAGCCCGCGCUGCUGUGGGGCGCCACCGCCAACCCUGGAGCGGCAAGCCAGGUCCAACAGCUCCAGCUCGGCGGCGGCGGCGGGGACCAGCACCCGAAGGAUAAUGCUGGCGGCAAGGGCCAGCCCAAGGGUGGAGCGGGUGCCGCUGCAAGCAGCAGCGGUGGAGGAGAUGCAAGGAUGGCGAUGCCGCAAGCGACUCCGCAGCAGCUUCGCGAGCAGCUGCAACAGCAGCUGAUGAAGGGGAUGAACCUUCCUCCUCAGCUUAUGGGCAUGGGCGGCAAGAUGCCGCUCCCGGCGGCUGCGGCGCCGGCGAACCCCAAGGCCGUCAAGUUCAACGUUCCCGAGGACGACGGGCUCGGGAACGACGACGACGACUCCGGCGACGAGUUCGACGACGAGGAUUUCGAGGAUGACGGCCUCGACGACGACAUGUACGACGACACCAAGAUGAUGACGAUGAUGAUGAAGAAGCCUAUGGCCAUGCCGCCGGCCGCCGGUGGGGCCGGAGGCAGCGGUGUCAAGAAAGGCGGCAUCGGCAACGGGACGCCGGUGCAGAUCAAGGGAAACGCCAACAACGGCGGCAAGAUGGACCCUGCCGCAAAGCUGAACCUGGGUGGCGCCGGCGGCAGCGUCAAGAACGGUGGCGUUGCGCAGCCGCCGCGGAACGGCAAGGGCGGCGCGCCAGGCGGUGGGAACCUGCAGCCCGGACAGGCCAGGAAGGCCAGCGGCGCCGGCGGCCCGUCCGCCGGUGUCGGCGGCCCGAUGAUGGGCAUGGGCGGCAUGCCGCCGCCUCAGCCGGCGGCCAUGACGAUGAGGCCGCCGAACAUGAUGGGCGGCGCCGCCGGGUACCCCGGUGCGGGACAGAUGGGCGGCAUGCCGAUGGGCCACUCCCACAUGGCUGGCAAGGGCAUGCAGCCGGGCGUUGGCGCCGGCAUGCCGAUGGUCCACCCCCACAUGGCUGGCAACGGGAUGCAGCCGGGAGGUGUCCAUGGCAUGCAGCCAGGAGGUGUCGCCGGCAUGCCCGCCGGCGGCAUGCCUGCGCCUGGAUUCUAUCAUGCCGGUCCUGCUGGCGGCGGCUUUGGCGGCGGCAUGCCUUACGGGCCGGAGAUGAUGCAGGCGGCCGGGAACCAUGUCCAUGGCGGCUGCGGCGGCGGGUAUAUGCCCAUGAUGCAGCAGCAGCAGCAGCAGCCGCCACACAUGAUGAUGAAUGGCCAUGGCUAUGGCCCUUACGGCUACGGCUACCACGGCGACCAUGUCCAUGGCGGCGCCGGGUAUUACCAGCAAAUGGGGUACGGGACCUACGCGUACGGGUACGGCGGGCACCAGGCGUUGCCCUACCCGUCCUACUACCCGCGCCACCCGCAUGACAACAUGUUCAGCGACGAGAACCCCAACAGCUACUGCUCUGUGAUGUGA